CCAUCUCAUAAAUCUCGCACCACAUCUUCUUUUGAUCAAAUCGACAUGCCAGAUCUACCGGUUGUCUUGUACACCGGGUCGCUUCACGCUGUCCCCGGCCACGAGGACUACCCCAUGAUCGACCCCACGAUUGACACACCGUCUUCUGAGGCUCUCACACGUCUCGCAGCCACGAUUACUGAUUGGCCGCCCACCCCGAAUCAUCUAGUCCGUUACUGGAACCCUAGCAGUCUUCCCAGCAUGCGUACGUCGUUUCGAGAUGCACAUUAUUAUGCGCAACUCAUCGACGAAGCUGCUCAAGCAUACACCAAUCGACCUUUGGACGAUCACGUAAUUUCGAUCAUGUCGUCGAACAACAUGAUCAAACUAUCCAGUAUGGGCAUGGACUCCCUCCUGGUUCAACAGGGAGUGAUGCUGAACGCAUCCAUUGUCUCCCAGACGCUUCGAAACGAAUAUCGAGCUCCCAUUCAACAUGGUCAUUUAUUCUACACAUUUGUUACACCUCGUAUGGAGCACCCCUCCGAAGGAGUCCAGCACGCCGCUAACCCCGUUGCCACUCGUCUCGGAAUUGGCAGCCCUCGUUUACGCAUUCCCCGACCCAUUAUCAUCGAAGAUUCUGACGACGACGAAGUACCUGAUAGUCAAGAAGAAAUAAAUCUCAGUCAGUGGCCUAUCUUUGACAUACCUGUAGACCGUCUAAUUCGUGGUGAACUACCAGAUUACGCGGCUAUUCUGUCGAAGAAGAAUGAUAAGCAAGACGAUAAUAACGAUGGGGCUUCCAUAGCCGACUCUACCGCCGCUGUAUAUUCACCUACGCGUCCUGGAAGUCGACGAGACUCUACCAGCAGUGAUAUGAGUAUCAAACUUGACGAUGACCCUCGAGAACCACGAAUACACGACGCACGGCCGCCCACUGCGAUUGAGGAACAUUUCCUCAAUUCGAUCUUCAGUACUUCGACCAUCGCAUCUCAACCAUUCGGCCUUCCUCUCUCCGCAUCUCAGCAGGCAGUACUGUGA